CAGAAUAUAACACAUAUUUCACCUCUUGGUAUUUCGCAACAUCUUUCUAAAAUGGUCAAGAUUGUUAAUGCUAAAAAGAUGAUUAAUGGAUUUGAAGAUGUAUUUGUUGUUCAAAAGAAGUUUACAUAUGUAGAUAAUGAUAAUUUGGCCUUAUUAACAAAAAAGACACAG